AGUUAUUUUGGGACCUGAAAAAAUGAUCAUUGUUCCUCCAGGUCAUUAUUGUGUGAUACAAAAUCCUGUGAUAAGAGACAAUGAUGGAAUUAUUCAAUAUGAUCUAUAUGGUCAAAGUAAACUGCGACAUGCUGACUUAGAAAUAAGAUUACAGCAAGAUCCUUUUCCUUUAUAUCCUGGAGAAGUUUUAGUUAUUUUGGGACCUGAAAAAAUGAUCAUUGUUCCUCCAGGUCAUUAUUGUGUGAUACAAAAUCCUGUGAUAAGAGACAAUGAUGGAAUUAUUCAAUAUGAUCUAUAUGGUCAAAGUAAACUGCGACAUGCUGACUUAGAAAUAAGAUUACAGCAAGAUCCUUUUCCUUUAUAUCCUGGAGAAGUUUUGUUUCAG